ACUGGCAGGCUGGGACCAGGGUCAUGGAGCCAGCACAGGUCCUAGAGAGCCACAGCUGCAGCUCUACCCAGUUCCAGGAUACAGCAGAGGGUCCCAAGGGCCCAUGGUUGGGAGGGGUUCUAGGGUCAUCUUUUAGCCAAAUGGUGCCCAUCCAGCCAGUGGGAUUCAGGCUCAUAAGUGAAUCUCUCCAGAAAUGCACAAUUGACAACAGAGGUGAGUUGCCCUGCGUGUGCUGCAGCAGGCCGGCCUGUGACCUCAGGCCCAUGUCCUCUGCCCCCUGCAGGUUCUGUGGGGAGUGCCUCCAGCCGUGUCUGCAGGUACCAUCCCCCCUGUGCCCACUGUGCCGCCUGCCCUUCGACCCCAAGAAGGUGGACAAGGCCGCCCAGGUGGAGAAGCAGCUCUCAUCCUAUAAGGCACCCUGCCGGGGCUGCAACAAGAAGGUGACACUGGCCAAGAUGAGAGUGCACGUUUCCUCCUGCAUGAAGGUCCAGGAGCAGAUGGCCAACUGUCCCAAGUUUGUCCCCGUGGUGCCCACAUCCCAGCCUAUUCCCAGCGCCGUCCCCAACAGGUCCACCUUCACAUGCCCUUACUGUGGCGCCCGCAACCUGGACCAGCAGGAGCUGGUGAAGCACUGCGUGGACAACCACCGCAGCGAUCCCAACCGCGUGGUGUGCCCCAUCUGCUCGGCGAUGCCCUGGGGUGACCCCAGCUACAAGAGCGCCAACUUCUUGCAGCACCUGCUCCACCGGCACAAGUUUUCCUACGACACCUUUGUGGACUAUAGCAUCGAUGAAGAAGCCGCCUUCCAGGCCGCCCUGGCCCUGUCUCUCUCCGAGAACUGAAGGUAUAGCCCAGCCACCAGGACCGAACCUUCCCGCCUCAAGGGAUAGAGCCAUGCUUGCUCUCUGUGGCCUGGCGCCUGCACUUGAAUGCGCCUUGUGGGCCAGGUGGGGCCUCUGUCAUUUCAGAAGAAGAGGUGGUCCUCAAGAUUGCCAGGGACCAGGAGAGACUGCUGUCCCCUCUCCAUCAGAGAAGGGCCGGCUGUGCUCCUGGCCUAGCAUGGCUGGUUUCUUUGGUGCUUCGGGCCAAGCAGGCGGCCCUCUCAGGGCCGGCCCGUUGGGACUGAGAGCAGUCAGCUGUCUGUCUCUCUCAAAGCCAUGAUGUCCUCCCCAUGCAGAGGGGGAGCCCCAGUGACAUCAGCCAGCCACUGGUGUCUGGCAGCGCUUCCCCCUGUGCACCUGGUACUGGCUUUGUGAUACCUAGAAAUUCUGGCAUUUUUCUAUAUUAUCCAGUGUGAUAACCUUUUCACAUUUUAUAGAGCAAAGACAAAGCAGUUACUCUUCAUAUUGCAAUAUCUGUGUUUGACUAGGAACAAUAGUAUUUUUAUGGAACAUUUACAAAAUUAUAUUUUUUAAAAAAAAGUCAAAAACAAACAGUUGUGGGAUCGAGCUGGGGAGGGAAGGAGAAAUGGGGCAAAUGCCGGAGCCAGAAUGAACGUGGAGUUUCACUUGUGCACACAGGAUGGAGGUGGCCACAUCCCAGAUCUCCCAGGGUUUUCCAGGGUUCCUGUGGUUGGUUUGUCAUUUCCCUUUGAUAACGACCUGGAAGAAAUCUCAGCUUGGCCUUGGCCACUUGCAGUGGCUGCUGGGCUGUUCUGGGGCCUCCUCCUGCCCGGGUCCUGGCCUCAGCCCCACUGUUAUCUUUCCAAAGCUGACCCCAUCCUGCCUCAGGCAGGGCCACCCCCAGUGGGGGUAGAGCGUGGUGGUGGUGGGGCAGGGCUGUGCAGUGGUGGACUGGGCCAGAAAAUGCUUGUCAGUACUCUUGUUUGGUUCAUGGCAUAAAUUAUUGCUGUCUUUAAAAAAAAAAAAUAAAACGUUUCAAAGCAUCUA